GCCACCGGAGUUGAAGUCGAAGAAGGCCAUUGUUAACGUGCAGAACACUGACAACAAGUGUUUACUGUAAGUAUAGCAGUGGGGUUUCAGUGUUGUGUUAUGGUGUAUGGAUUGAACUGUAUGCCGCCUGUCCAUGUCUUAUGUCAUCCGUACUUUAGAUGGUCAAUACUGGCUGCUAAAUUUUCGGCAGACAAGUCUCGUCCAUGUCGUCAAUCGUCGUACGCAGAACAUGCGGAUACUGUGGAUGUGAGCGGCAUCGAGUUUCCAGCAAAACUGGAAGACAUACCAGUCAUCGAAAGACUGAACGACGGUCUUUACAUCAACGUCUUCGGAUAUGAAGAGAAAGUCAUAUAUCCGUUAAGAAUUUCUCAGCAACCGCAGUCCGCCAUCAAUGUAUUGCUCAUCCAAGACGAACGCAAUGACGUGGAGGUGCAGCACUGGGUGUGGAUAAAGUCAUUCAGUCGUCUUGUUGCUACUGGAGCACGUCGAGCACAUUUCGUCUGCUUCAGAUGUCUCUCAACACACGUCACGGAGAAGGCAUUGAAUAAUCAUAUGAUGUACUGCAGUGAACAUCCUGAAGCUACGGUGGAGAUGCCAAAGGCUGGCGAUAGAGUGAUGUUCAGGAAUGUGAACAAGCAGCUUCAAGCCCCAUUUGUGAUCUAUGCCGAUUGUGAGGCUUUCAUAGAACCUCUGUCCGCUGACAAUAAAAUCGGUCAUUCGACAUUCCAAAAGAACAAGCAUGUAGCCUGUUCCUGUUCGUACAUUGUAGUACGAUCUGAUGGCGUCGUCACGAACCGUUUCUUCUACCGUGGAGAAGAUUCUAUGUUCUGUUUUCUGCUGUCACUUGAGCAAGAGGAGGAGACUAUCCGUGAUGAGCUUCUAGCAUGUAAUGCUGGUCAAAUGAUCAUUUCAGAAAGUCAGCAACGUGAAUUUGAAACGGUAGUCUCCUGUUGGAUCUGUGGUGAAGCGUUGGGUAGCGAUCGUGUACGUGACCACUGUCACAUCACCGGUGCUUAUCGUGGUGCAGCACACAACCAUUGUAACCUGAACAUGCGGAUUGAGCCGUUCAAGAUUAAGAUUCCUGUGAUCUUUCAUAACUUGAAGGGAUACGAUUCUCAUCACAUCAUAUCUGCCAUUGGGAGAACGUCCAUUGAUGAGAUUACGUAUGUGAACGAGAAAGGACAAGAACGGACCAAGCGUCUCGGUGCUAUCAACGUGAUUCCCAUCAACAGUGAAAAAUAUGUCACAUUCGGAUGGAGACAGUUCCAGUUCAUCGACAGCCUGGCAUUCUUGAACACCUCCCUAGACCGACGAGGAUGA